CUUUCCCCUCUCUAAAGUCUGAUUGCAUUGUGCCGCGUUCACGCUCUCUGCCUGCCAGUCAGGAAAAGGGGAUUUGUCCUCCCCCCUCCUCGUGCUCCCUCUCUGGUUGCUUGUGGUGAUCCAGUGGAUCUUCCAGUGGAUCUUCCAGUGUGCUGCGAGCCUCCGAGCAGGUCGGACCGGUCGGAUUGUGUCGUGACCGGAUCACACAUUGGACCUACUCGCUUGUGUUUUUUUUUUGUAAACGAUUUUAUAUCCCCAAUCAAAUCACUUUGCAAGUUCACCCCCCCCCCCCCCCCCCCCCUACCGGAUCCUUGUGUAUGCCAACUGAUAUCGACACCGACUCUUGGAUCUACUGCUUUAAUUCCCUACAAAAUCCGCUGCAAAUUGAGGAUUUGUGGAUUUUACAAAGCUGCCCCGAGUCAGACAUUAAAAGGAUUGUGCAGGACUAAAGUGGACAUGUGGACUCCGCGUUGCAUCCUCUAAAAACUGCCAUAUUAUUAUUAGUUUGGUGGCGUGUUGCAUGAGGCGAGAAGGUAAUGGGAGAGGGCGCACACACAAGAAGAGAGCGUUGUUUGCCUUGCAAGGACUCUCUGCUGGCUUCUUUUGACAACAUCCACUGGAGUUCUAUUUAAAGUCCUGGACCAGCACCUUUUUCCCUCUGCACCAGGAUCACCGAUGGCUCACUAGAGUGGAAGACAUGGGAUGUGGACCAAGAUAGUCCAGCUUGGACACUGAGCGCCCAUACUGUGUUUUUGCACCUGACCUCUGACCUCCGUCUUUUGGACCCCAUCCUCAGCAGCGAGCUGUGGACCUGCAGCUUGGCGUCUUUUUGUCUUAUUGCGUCCCGGUUCCGAAGUUGGCUCGACAUGGCGUGUCCAUGGAGUGGCAAUGGACUGUGGGUACUGCUGGUGCUGAUACUGGAUUUACUGGGAACCACGGCCAGCAGCAUGGAGCCCAUCUACUGGAAUUCACUCAACGAGAGGUUCCUGGAUGAUAAGGGCUACAUCCUCUACCCUCAGAUCGGUGACCGGCUGGACCUGAUCUGUCCCCCGCUAGACACGGCUCGCUCCACGCCGGAGUACGAGUUCUACAAACUGUACCUGGUGUCGUCGCGGGAACAGGCAGACCGUUGCGAGGUAAUGGGCGCGCCCAACAUCGUGCUGACGUGCGAUGAGCCUACGCGAGAACGCCGCUUCACCAUCAAGUUCCAGGAGUUCUCGCCCAACCUGUGGGGCCACGAGUUCAAGAGCAUGCACGACUACUACAUCAUUGCGACGUCAGAUGGGACGCGCCAAAGUCUGGACAGCAUGAGGGGUGGAGUGUGUGCCACGCAGGGCAUGAAGGUGGUCCUUAAAGUGGGGCAAAGUCCAUACGGGCUGCCUCCCAAGAAGGAGACGGCGGGACGCUCCACCAACAGGAACUCAGGCGGGAACUCGACCCAUUCAAGAGGACCCAACACCUUCGGAGGAGCCGAGGGGGGCGGCGAGAACGGCCCUCUGCAGCCCUCCAACAUCGCCCUCAUCGCUGGGGCGGCAGGAGGCUCUGCCUUCCUCCUGCUGGUCACCGCCGUCAUCUGCGUGGUGUGCUACAGGCGGCGGCACGCCAAGCACUCAGACACCCACCACCCGCCGCUGUCGCUGUCGUCACUCACCAGUCCUAAGCGGGGGGGCGGCGGCGGCAUCUCCACCUCCAACAACAACGGCUCGGAGCCCAGCGACAUCAUCAUCCCGCUGAGGACGUCGGACUCGGCCUACUGCCCGCACUACGAGAAGGUGAGCGGUGACUACGGACACCCCGUCUACAUCGUGCAGGAAAUGCCGCCACAGAGCCCAGCCAACAUCUACUACAAAGUAUGAGAACUGGAGUGCGUCCAUCUUGCCCGUCAUCACUCCAGUCCCCGUCCCCUCGCCACAGCUCGGCCCGCCAUCACAACUCAUUGUUCAUCCAGCAAAAUGGAACCACGACCAAACCCAAUCUCACAUUGAGCGGGCUGUCAAGCGUGCACGAGGGUUCUCCAGCCCUCCCGGAACGUGGCCGGAACAUCUUUGAGCCGCGCCGGAUCAAAGAAACGUUCCCAAAAUGCACCUGGAAGAGCACUAAUGUGGCUUUUGGACUUUGAGAGAAUCAAAAGACCAUCGCUUAGAAAAAUAAAUCAAUAAAAGCCCAGUUAGUGCUGAGGAACUCCCAGUCGCCAUACCUGCCUAGAACCCAGCAGCCCGCCGCUCGAGCGCCAUCCAACACUCCUUAGGAAUUAUUUGAACAUAAGGGGAGGCGGAGGAGGCUCGGGGACUCGGCCAAUCAGUAAAGCUGGGACGGACGUCAGUCACGUGACCCGGCCUCUGACACUCAGAAUCUUGUAUAUUUUAAUAAGGCGUGUGUGCGCGUGUGUGUGUGUGUAUGUGUGCUUUACAUGGGCGUGACUGUGCUCUUUAGACUUGUCUUAAAAAUACCAAAACACAAAAUAGUGAGCAGAUAUCAGAAGAAAACAACACAAAAAAAGUUUUAAAAAAAGUAUUUUUUUUAUGGCUAUCAACACUUAUAGAUGAUAUAUACAAUUAAUAGAUGUUUUCCUUUAUCGUUUUGUUAUACCCGCUCUUCGCUAAAAGACGAUGCCUCUGUUGCUAGACCUUUUUCUAUUUUUUACAACUUACCCUAGUACAAUCUGCCUUUUUUUUUUUAUUAAAAAUGUUAAUUUAAACGUUCUCAACCCUUUACCCCCUAAGGUGUCUGUAUAUUUUUAUAGCUUCUUGUUCUAUGCGGUAGUGUUCACGUUUAGACCUUGUUUGUGGAAGUGUUGAGGUAGAGCCAUCCAUCUUUCUAUUUGUUUUUUUUUUGUUUGUUUUUUUUAAUUCCAAAUGUUUUUGUUUUUUUUCGUUAAAGAGUGGAUGGCAUAGGGGGGUUAGAAAAAAGAACUGAAAGCGGCAUUUGAAUGCGAAAAAAAAAGGAUGGACUGUGAUGAAAUUGCACAAUAAAAAGGAAAGAGGAUGAAGGAUGCUAAAUGAAGGGUUCAUUCCCAAGGAGUGGAACCAUGCAUCACAUGCACACUUGCUUAUGGUUGUCCAUCGAGUCCGACGACGACAUAAAUGCACACACACACACACAGAGACACACCUACAAAAGCACAUGCAAUCUCCCCUUAGCGUGUUACAUUAUUUGUGCACAUACACAAAUUGCCUAACAAUUGCUUUCAUAUUACACAUUUGUGUCUCUGUGUGUGUUUGUGUGUGAUGGACGAGUGAGUACAUGAAAACACAACUUGGAGCCUGUUAGUGAGGGCUGCGUUCAAAGGCACCCAUGUGCCGGGCAGUUGAAAAAAAUACUUUUGUUGUGCUUAAACAUAGCUUUUACGUAAACACACACACCUACAAAACGCCAUGAAACCUCUCGUUGUUACAUCAUUUGUACACACACACACACACACACACACACACACACACAAGCCAGUUAAGGACUGCUACAUCAACUGCCCCAUUACCUAAUACACGCUUUCAUAUCAAAAAUGUGUGUGUGUAUGAUGGUAGAGUACCUGAAAACACACAAACAGCAGCAGCCUGCGUUCAAAGACAUGUGUUCCCAUGUGCUUAGCAGUAAAAAAAAGAAAAAUUGUUUUGUGUUGCGCAAACACAGCUUAUACUGUGUAUGUAAACACACGCCUGCAGACACACACAGUGUUGUGUUCAGAGGCACCGUGUGUUCACAUAUGUCGGCAGUAAUGACAUUUUGUGUUGCUCAAACAUGUUUGUGGCUAAUGUGAACCUGGAUGGCAGUGCCACACACACUAACACACACACACACACGUGCACACUCCAGCGUUUUAUUUGUGCGAUCUUUCCUUAAGUGUGUUUUUGUAUCGGUACCUAACAUCAAUUUGUAUUAAAAUGUGCUUUAAUUGUCACGUUCUGCCAUGUCAAGGAUUUUUGUAGCCUUCUGGAUUGUAUUUGACGGUGAUGACGUAAUGAAAAUAUGACAUUGUGGUCAUGAAUGAGGUGAGGAGGGCAGAGAGGGUGUGUGUGGGGGGGGCGGGGGGGGGCUCUCUUUUGUACAAUGUUGUUGUUUUUACGUCCGACAUCUAUUUAAACAUGCCGACCGAGGAGCGCGUGGUAACUCGCACGCCCUCCCGAGCCCUCUUUGACAACUUCUGCAACAAUUUGCAACGCUCCCAGGCAACAUGACUGUGAUCAGCCCAAAAAUGGCUGCAACCUAAGGGGAGACAAAGAGCGAGGGAGCGCCAACAACGUAGACUGCAUACUACAUGGUAUUCAUCCACGUCGGACUGCCAUGGUAUGUCAUGUUUCCACGUGGAUGUUAUUCCACUCACCGCUUUUGUUUGACAUUUCAGCCAGUACUGAACCCAUGGAGCAGGUUCGCAAGGGGGGCCUGGCACAGAAUCGCUUGGCGAAAACGUGUGUGUAAAUGUGUGUGUUUUUGCCAAUAAGCCCGAGUUGAGGUCUGCAGAGCAUAAAAACGUGUGUCUCCUCACCUCGCCUCCUUUCCUCCUUCCUUGUCUCCUCAUCACAGUGACCCCUAGACCCCUGACACACACCUCUAAAGAGAGGAAAAGAUGAGUACAUUCCUGCCUUGGAGGGGGAAAAAAAACGAUUGAAUAAAAAAUGUUUAAGCACCA